AUGACCCGUGAGAGCGAGAUUUAUAAAUUAGAAAUAGCAAAAAUAAACACUGUGUUAGCAAAGUGUGUCCCAGCUGAAAAUGACAAUCUAGAUUUUGGGUUGAGAAUGACCCCAACAAGUGGUAUUAGAAUCGAAGCUGUACAUGGAAAGGCUCAUAUCGAGAGGAUGUACCUAUGUGGAGGACUCACAUUUGAGGGGACUCAUAUCUCAUCGGUGUUGUCUAUCUUGGAUACCUCGGCUUCGGGAAUGGAUCAGAUAAGUGAGGUGUAUACAGAUAUUGUUGGAAAUGCAUAUUACGUGGCUCCAGAGGUUUUGAAACGGAGUUAUGGAAAGGAAAUAGAUGUUUGGAAUGCAGGAGUCAUUUUAUACAUACUCUUAAGUGGGGUGCCGCCAUUUUGGGCUGAAUCCGAGAAAGUCGAGUUUGUUGAUAUUUUGGGUGGUAAGUUAGAUAUGGACAGCCAGCCAUGGCCUUCUAUAUCGGAUGCUGCAAAAGAUUUGAUCAGAAAAAUGCUUACUUAUGACCGUAAGGAACGGAUUACAGCUGCUGAGGCCCUUGAACAUCCAUGGUUGAAAGAAGAUGGUGAAGCAUCAGAAAAGCAUCCAGACAGUGCUGUUUUAAUGAGGAUGAAACGGUUCAAAGCAAUGAACCAGAUGAAGAAACUAGCUUUGAAGGCAGUAGCAGAAAAUCUUUCAGAGGAAGAAACAAAGGGCUUGAGACAAAUGUUCAACAAUAUGGAUACUGAUGGCAGUGGCACUAUCACAUUUGAAGAACUCAAAUCUGGAUUAUCCAGAUUGGGUUCCCAACUUGGUGAAUCUGAAAUAAGGCAGCUAAUGAAUGCUAUUGAUAUUGACAAGACUGGAACUAUUGACUACUGUGAAUUUGUUGCUGCCACUAUGGAUCGGCAUAAACUAGAAAAGGGGGGGAAUUUGCUGAAGGCUUUUCAAUACUUUGACAUGGAUGAUAACGGUUAUAUAACGAAAGAUGAACUUACGGAAGCAAUCACUGGACACCAAAUGGGAGAUGAAGUCUUCGAAGAUGUUGACUCAGACAAAUUGUUAACGAACAACAGCCGUCUGGCAAGGGUAAAAAUAGUAGGGGAGAAGCUUGUUUAG